CAUUCCUCUUAUAUGUAAGUUUGCUUUAGUUCUUCCCUUUCAACAAAAUUGGGAGUUCCAAAACCCCAACCUCUUGAUAAGAAAAAGGAAGGCCUGUCGACGAUUUGUCUGAUCUUUCUCCUACAAGGUUCAGCUGCCAGAGUCACUUGGUCUCUGUUUCGAAAGUUACUGAGCAUCACUGCAGAAUCUACACAUCGAACACAAUCCAACUGAAAAGACAUGGUGGAUUCAGUAGUACAAGUUUUCUUGGAAAAACUGCUUAAAGCUCUUUCAGAAGAGAGCCGCAUUUUGAGCGAGUUCAGGGAUCAAUUUGAAAAAUUACAGAGUGAGCUGGUAUUAAUGCAAAGCUUCCUCAAAGAUGUUGUGAGACAAAAGAGUAAGAAAGAAAUUGUUCGAACGAUCAUGGACACUCUGCGAGAGCUGGUUUUCGAAGCAGAAGACAUACUAGCAGAUUGCCAACUACUGUCAAGGGAUAAGGUCCUCUUCUCCACUGGAUGGCUAAUGUGCAUCUAUCCCACAAAGCUUCCAUGGCAGUAUCAGACUGGAAAGCGCCUCAAAGAAAUCCAUGAGAAAAUAAUAACCAUUAAACAAGACAUUGCAACUUAUCUUGGUGUCCCCAUUUUAAACCAACCGGAGCCCGUGUAUGGUUGCAAUGACUUGUCACAGAACUGGAGCUCUCCUGUAUAUGAUCAUACGCAAGUGGUAGGAUUGGAAGAUGACAAGAGGAAAAUAAAGGAUUGGUUGUUUGGAGCAGAUGAUGGGAUAUUGGGAAUUGGAGUUGUUGGCAUGGGUGGACUGGGGAAGACCACCGUUGCACAGGAAGUUUUCAAUGAUAGAGAAAUAGAGGGACGAUUUGAAAGAAGAAUGUGGGUUUCUGUCUCUCAAACAUUUACUGAAGAAGAAAUUAUGAGAAGCAUGUUAAGGAACUUGGGAGAUGCAAGUGUGGGAGAUGAUCGAACUGAAUUGCUGAGGAAAAUACACCAGUAUCUCCUAGGGAAGAGGUAUUUGAUUGUAAUGGAUGAUGUGUGGGGCCACGACUUUGCUUGGUGGAACAGAAUUUCUGAAGGAUUGCCUAAAGGAAAUGGAAGCAGUGUCAUUAUUACUUCCAGAAAUGAGGAAGUUGUACGAAAGAUGGGAGUGCGGGAAGAAAGAAUCCAUCGGCCUAAAUUCCUAUCCAAGGCUAAUAGCUGGUUACUGUUUAGGAUGAUUGCAUUUGUUGCACGAGGAGGUGAGUGUCCUCAGCUGGAGGAUAUUGGGAAGGAGAUCGUAGAUAAGUGCAAGGGUCUUCCUUUGGCAAUUAAGGUAGUUGGAGGAAUGAUGCUUUAUAAAUCACCCCGAUAUCAUGAAUGGAAGCGAAUUUUGGACCAUUUCCGUGACGAAUUGAAAGAAAAUGAUGAUUCUGAGAGAGGCUUGAUGGCCUCACUUCAAUUGAGCUAUGACGAGCUCCCACCUAACCUGAAGUCAUGCUUCCUUUGUUUCUCACUUUUCCCAGAGGACUGUGUCAUAAGCAAAGAGCAGUUGGUCUAUUGGUGGAUUGGAGAAGGUUUUGUUCCACUGAGAAGUAACAGGUCGACAACUGAAGCUGGAGAAGAUUGUUUCUCAGGGUUAACAAAUCGAUGUUUGAUAGAGGUUGUUGAUAAGACAUAUAAUGGAACGAUUUCUACUUGUGCAAUUCAUGAUAUGGUUCGUGAUUUGGUCCUAAAAAUCUCAGAUGAUGACGCAUUCUUUAGAAAAGAUGGCAUUGGUUGUCGUCAUUUAGGGAUCAAAAGUGAUUUGGAUCCAAAGUUGCUUAUUGCUAAUCAAAAGUUGCGGGCAUUGUUGUCCACAACCAAAACUGGGGAAGUGAACAAGAUUGCCUCAAGAACUGCCAAAGCACUUUGUCAAUCUCGAUACUUACGGGUAUUGGAUGUUUCUAAAUCAAUCUUUGAAACACCUCUCUCAGGUAUUCUAAAUCAUAUUUGCUCCCUUCAGCACUUAACUUACCUCAACUUGAGCAACACUCAUCCACUUGUUCAAUUGCCAUCUUCACUUGAUAAGCUUAGCAACCUUCAGAUUUUGGACGUGAGUUAUUGUCAAAAUUUGAAAACGCUUCCAUCUUACAUUGUGACUUUUAAGAAGCUCAAGGUCUUAGAUGUCAGCCAUUGUGGUUCACUUGAAUGCUUGCCUAAAGGCUUGGGAAGGCUUUCGAACCUUGAAGUGUUGUUGGGUUUUAGACCUGCCAGAUCAGACCAAUUGAAAGGUUGUCGGAUUGGUGAGCUAAUCAACCUGACUAAACUCAGGUCAUUGGUAUUACAAAUUACUCGAGCUGAUGAGAUUGGAGAUAAUGAGGUCAAUGCAUUGGUGAAUCUCCAAGAACUGCAAUAUUUGUCAAUGAGUUGUUUUGACAGUAAUAGUGAUGGCAACGACCUCAUUCCCAAGGUUGACAAACUAUUUCCCCCACAGCAACUCCAUGAGUUGUGUCUCCAUUAUUAUCCCGGAAAGAUAAGUCCCAAGUGGCUUAACCCCAUAUCACUUCCUAUGCUAAGCUCUCUUUCAAUCUCCUCUGGAGAUAUUGCAGAGUUUCAUGAGAGCUUUUGGGGGGAUGAUAAUAUUUUCUGGAAAAUAGAGGCCUUGAUGUUGGAAUCUCUCUCAGAUCUGGGAGUGGAGUGGUCGCGGCUGCAACAAGUUAUGCCACCAUUAAGAGUUGUCAAUGAAUUCCUUGCUAAAGAGAAGACACAGGCAUCAAGUUCUUUCAACCAGGAGGUCUUUAUUGAUGUGUUGAUGGAUUUAAGUACGGUGUGAUUCUUCCCUCCAUCAUAUUAAUGUACUUGUUUCUUUUUAUGAGUUAUACAUGCACUUGCUGGAAAAUUUCCAUGCAAUAGAUUUGCAGCUCUCAAGGUUAGAAUUUCAAUGUUUUUCUAAAAUUUUCUGGAUGUGCUUUGAUAUAUGGAGUUUGGGGAAGCUUUCUGUAACUGGUAAGCAUUUAUGAUUGGAUUUAUCUGAAAAGAAAGAAGCUCAGAAACUAGAAGAAUUAAAAAAGCAAAGGAAUGGAGAAUACAGGGAGAUUACUGGUAGAUUUCUUGGGUGAAGUUACCGGUAAAAAAGAACUGAUUUUUCAUUUCUAUUGCUGCAAAACUCAUUUAUCCUAAUCAUACAUUCUCUCUCAUUUAGUUUAAUCUCAUACUCUCUCCCUCUCUCAGCCUUAAUUGAUACACAAACAUGACCAGCUUGCUGAUUUAAUGACCAUGGCCUUAUCACGGCCACAUUUUCAAUUCUUACGAUCCAAGAUUGGUGUCAUUGAUGGGAGCACCAUCUUGAGGGAGGCGUAACAGAUGAUAAUGGAAAUCAUGCACAAUAAUUCCUCCGUGAUCAAGGCUGAGCAUCAUUCCUGGCAGGAUCGUCAAUCCUGCUUUUACUUACCUAUUUUUGGUUCUUGUAAUAUUCUGUACAGCAGAGCAUCAUUAAUAUGAUCUUUCUUUUUAUGGUUAUAUCAGCUGUGUAUAUAUAUUCAUCGCGUAUGUAAUACAAUGUGUGACAGUUUCUUACAAACACACAACUGUGUUCAAUAGCUUUAUAGGAUCAAAGUCAUUUGUUGCCGUUCUUACCUCUUCAUAGGAGAAGUUAUGGAUGGGGAUAGGCUUGCCAUUAGAAGUGGCAACAAGCUUCUCAAGUACCCUGCUUCCAUUCUCUAUAAAUGCUCUCUCUCUCUCCCCCUCUCCCUCUUUCUUCUGCAUAUUCUUAACAAGUUCUCUCUGUCACGAGUAAUUUCUCUUGCCCAUGAAAGUUGAG